CGUGUCCUCAUCUGGAGCUAAGAAAAAUUUUCUUCCCCCCUCUCUCUCUCUCUCUCUCUCUCUCUCUCUCCGUUUCGACUCGAUCUGCUUCUACCGCACAUCUCUCUCUCUCUCUCUCUCACGGCGCUGAUCUCAGCUCGAUGGUUCGAUCCUCUGCGAAGUGAAGCCGUCUCCCUCGCCGAUCGCCUCGGAAUCAGAGCGCGAGGGGAAGAAUCACGCUUUGGAAUCGAACUAAAUUCUGAUUAUAAUUCAGCGUCCCUGUCUGACUAUAGUGUUCACAAUUUCAAACUCUUUUCCUGAAUCGAAACAGUUGACGAUACUGUUUCUUUUUAGUGUAGGGAAACAGCUAGCUAUCGACGGUUUCGAUCGAGCUGAAUCGUGCUUGGAACGGGGAAUUUGAGGAAUUAGGGGAUUUGGCCAUUCGGAAGUCUUAGUGUCUGAUUGCUUCACGUUCUCAUGACUAUUCCAUCGUCCCCCACAAGUUCGUCUGUCUCAACAUCUCAGGGAAUACUUCCGCCUUCGAGGCUAGUUACCUGUGAAUCUAGGGUUUCUGGUCCUUUUAGCCAGAUAGAACCAGAUUUCAAAGACAAUGAUGAGACAGAAUUGCUCUGUGUAACAUGGAAUCAGGACUAUGGUUGCUUUGCUGCUGGCACAAGUCGUGGUUUUCGUAUUUACAAUUGUGAUCCUCUCAAGGAAACUUUCAGGCGGGAUUUUAAAAGUGGAGGAUUUGGAAUUGUAGAGAUGCUAUACAGGUCCAAUAUUCUGGCACUUGUUGGUGGUAAAGGCAAUACUCAGUACCCUCCUAGUAAAGUAGUGAUUUGGGAUGAUCAUCAGAGCAGGUGCAUUGGAGAAUUUUCAUUUAGGUCUGAGAUUCGAGCAGUGAAACUAAGACGGGAUUGCAUUGUUGUUGUUCUUGAGCACAAAAUAUAUGUUUACAAUUUUGUAGAUCUAAAGCUUCUUCACCAGAUAGAGACUCUGGCAAACCCCAAGGGACUUUGUUCCCUUUCACAUAACUUGAAUACAUCUGUUUUGGCUUGUCCUGGUCUUCGACGAGGGCAGGUUCGAAUUGAACACUUUGGCCUGAAUAUGACCAAGUUAAUAAGUGCUCAUGAUUCUCAAAUAGCAUGCUUGACCUUAACAAUGGAUGGACUUCUUCUUGCUACUGCCAGUACAAAGGGGACUUUGAUAAGAAUUUUCAAUACAAUGGAUGGGACUCGGUUACAGGAGGUACGCAGAGGUUUGGAUAGAGCAGAUAUAUUUAGCAUUGCCCUUUCCCCUAAUGUCCAAUGGAUGGCUGUAUCAAGUGACAAGGGUACCAUUCAUUUGUUCAGAUUGCGAGUUAGAGUGGUAGGGGAGGAUUCACCAACUUCUUCUAGUGUUAGUCAAAGUGCAGCAAUGGCUCAUCAGAAUUCCUCAUCUUCCCUGGAUCCACUGAUCUCUCCAAGUAACAAUACCAAUCCUGGUUCAUCAUUGUCUUUUAUUAAAGGAGUGUUGCCUAAAUAUUUUAGCUCUGAAUGGUCAUUUGCACAGUUUCACUUACCAGAGUGCACUCAAUUCAUUACGGGGUUUGGAUCUCAGAACACUGUCAUUGUAGCUGGCAUGGAUGGAAGCUUUUACAGGUGCGGUAUUGAUACAGUGAAUGGAGGGGAGUUGUCGCAGCAGGAAUAUGUCCGCUUUCUCAAGACAGACAGCCGGCCAAAAUAAGUACAUUGAAACCUGCAUAUAUAUAUGCCUAUAAAUAUCUUACAUAAUAAUUCUGGAACCCUCCCCCCCCCCCCCCCAAAAAAAAAAAAAACUGGAUAAACUGAAGGGAGGUCCUAUUUAAGUUUGCCAAUGUGGAUGGUUUUCUAAUUCCCUUGAUAUAUGUAUAUAUAUUAUAUAAUUUAUAUUAGAAAUCUUGAGAGAGAGAGUACUGUAGGACUAUUUUUGUAAUUUGUGGCAUAAAUGAGCAACAAAUUGGGUACUUAAAUGUUCUGAAA